CUAAGGUAAGCAAAGAUGCGUUUAGCGCCAUGCAAGCCACUUCAGGCCCCACGUUCCUUAAAGUCAACCUAGGUAACCUUCCUGCCUGUGUGGGUGCGUCAUCCCAGCACCAGAAUCGAACCCCGCGGAACCAACCUAACACCGACCUCCGUCUUUACACCCAAAAAAUUUCGGCAAAGCGCGGUCGCAAAACACGACAGCCAACCUCAAAGCCAAGACGUUUGCGACAUCAAUUCGACCAACAGCAACGUCGUGAGCUCAAAGUCUUUGCUCUAACCACCGAUUGAUCGCUACGAUACUAUUUUAAUAAAAGAGACUGCGCAUGCAAUCGGCGCCUAUCCCAGGACCAACAGCCGACCGCCUGAGGAAAAUCAGUCAUCGCAAGCUUCCAUGCGCCAAACCCCACGAUAGCUUCAUCGAAAAUCCUCACAAACCACCCAAAAUGGUCUACGACCUCAACAUUCCGUGGUCCCCAACCACAUCUCCCGCCGAACUCGCCCGCACAGUCUCCUUCGCAUCCUCCCUAGGCUACACAGUUCUCGCUUUCAACCACACAAUAACGCCCCCGAUCCCCUCUCAAAUCACGAACCCUCUACCAAAGUUCCCAUCACAGUCAACAACAGCAACACCACCAACGGGGACUCCAUCACAACCCUCCCAACAACAAAACAAACAACAACCAACAAUCCUCCACCGCGCAACAGUAACCCUCUCAGACCCCUCCCAAAACUACCGCCUCCCAACCCUCGCCCUAGCCUACGACAUCCUCGCCGUCCGACCAACCACAGAAAAGGCAUUCCAAGCAGCCUGCCUCUCCAUGGCCGAGCCCUCCCUCAUCUCCCUCGAUCUGACGCAGCACUUCCCCUUCCACUUCCGCCCGAAACCCCUCAUGGCCGCCGUCGCCCGCGGCGUCAAGUUCGAAGUCUGCUACUCCCAGGUCCUCACGUCUUCGUCUUCCUCUUCCGCCUCUGGCGGGGGCGUCGGUCCCCCGCCCGACGCAAGAGCCCGCGCAACAUUCAUCUCAAACUUUGCGUCCCUCGUCCGCGCGACAAAGGGCCGCGGCAUCGUCGUCUCCAGCGAGGCGCGCGGCGCGCUGGGGUUGAGGGCGCCCAACGACGUUGUCAAUUUGCUCGCCGUGUGGGGUUUGGGCAGCGAAAGGGGCACCGAGGCGUUGGGGGUCAACCCGCGCGGCGUCGUGGUCAACGAGGGGAUCAAGAGGAGCGGGUUCCGGGGCGUCGUGAAUGUGCUCGAGGUCGGCGGGCGGGAGAACGAUGUGAAGAAGAAUCAGCAGCAGGGGCAGGGGCAGCAGCAGGGGAAGAAGGGCAAGAAGCAACAAGGCGGCGGCGCAGGCGGUGGUGGUGGUGGUGGUGACAAGGGCAAUGCGCAGAAGCGCAAGACGCCUGAUGAGGGUGGUGAUGGCGCGCAACCUACAAUUAGCAAGAGGCAGGCCAAGAAGUUAAGAUUAGCUCUUAAGGAACAGGAAAAGGAUGCCUCAUAGACGCUAAGGUGGAACAUGGAACGAAAGCUAAGAAGAACAGAUAAAAAGGGCUUGAGAAUGGCACAGGUAGAUAUUGGGUUGGACGGAAGUCAUUUACGCUUUGUGAUACCCCAUAGAAGAGAGCAACAUCGAACCUCUGUAUCGUGAAUCGAUACUUUUCACAAAUUUAGGACGUCGACGAUGGAUUCACCGAUGUAAAGGGCAGUCGUUCAUCCCUCACACAGCAUAAUAGACUUGCCCAUC